AGCGGCUCCGGGGCUGCGGAGGCGCUGGGGGCCCAGCUGCAGCGCCAUGUGAGCGGGACCGGGUACGGGCGCUCCCCGGGGGAGGUGUGACCUGUUUUCCCCCUCCCCCGGGUGACCGGAAGGCUGCUCCCACCCCAAGACUGCUGGAGAGACAUGAAUAAAAAUAAGGGCCAACGAUCAGUGGUGCUAGGGGCCCUGUUUGCGCUCAUCACCGUCCUCAUCCUCUAUAGCUCCAACAGCGUCAACGACGUCUUCCCCUAUGGUUCUCUUCGAGGCCGCUUCCACUGGACAUCCAACCUGAAGAAGUGGUCCAUUGCUGACAGCUAUGUCCCAGUCCUUGGCAACAAGACACUGACCUCCCACUGUCACCAGUGUGUGAUCAUCACCAGCUCAAGCCACCUUCUGGGCACGAAGCUGGGACCAGAGAUUGAACGGGCAGAGUGUACCAUACGCAUGAAUGAUGCACCCACCACAGGCUAUGAGGUGGACGUGGGUAGCAAGACCACCUUUCGAGUUGUGGCUCACUCCAGUGUUUACCGUGUUCUACGGCGGCCCCAGGAGUUUGUCAAUAAGACACCGGAGACCGUGUUCAUCUUCUGGGGACCCCCCAGCAAAAUGCAGAAACCCAAUGGCAGCCUGCUCCACGUCAUCCAGCGAGUGGGUCUUGCCUUCCCCAAUAUGGCUGCCUAUGCCGUCUCGCCCACCCGCAUGCGGCAGUUUGAUGACCUCUUCCGGGGUGAGACGGGCAAGGACAGGGAGAAGUCUCGAUCCUGGCUGAGCACAGGCUGGUUCACCAUGGUAAUUGCUGUGGAGCUAUGUGACCGGGUCCAUGUCUAUGGGAUGGUGCCGCCCACCUACUGCAGCCAGCGGCCCCAGCCCCGCCGGAUGCCCUAUCACUACUACGAGCCCAAGGGGCCAGAUGAAUGCAUCACCUACAUCCAGAAUGAGCACAGCCACAAGGGGAAUCACCACCGCUUCAUCACUGAGAAGAAGGUUUUCUCCUCCUGGUCUAGGGCCUACAACAUUACCUUCUCCCAUCCUUCCUGGACAUAAGGGUAUCUCCUGGACAAUCAGGGCUCAGAGGGUAGGUUCCUAGACAAUCAGGUUGUAGGGGGUAGGUCCUGGCCAGUUGGGAGUCAGGAGAAUUCUGCUGGCCAAUCAAUAUCUCAACUAAUUGAUCUUGGAGCCUCUUCUAGUCAUUCAAGGCCUAGAGGGCAGAAUCUCCAGGUUAUUUGGCAUCUUUGAGGGUAUCUUUUGGCCAAUCAGGGUCUUAGAGGUGUAUCUUAGCUAAACAGGGUCUGGGGUGCAUUUCCUAAUGAAUCAGGGUCUUGGGGUAUCCUUCAGCCAACCUGGGCUGUGAUCCCAUUUCUGAGUUAGAGGGCAAGGACAUGACCUUCCCCAUGAGGCCUUAGUUCUGAUUUCUUUGGCCCUAGGGUGUUUCUCCCUAAAGAGACACCAGAAAACUAAACAAAACAAAACAAACAAACAAACAAAAAACUUCCAGUUUUUUUCCAGUUGACUUUAGAGGAGGUCCUGGGCCCAGAGACACUGGGGUCUUGGACCAGGAGCUGGGAGAGGAGGCAUAUAACAUGCCCUUUGCCACAGGUGCAAACCACUUUGAAUGGUCUCGGUGCCCCUGCCCACUGAAGCCUGGGCCUGCUCUCUCAGCAAGUCCUCUAAGUGAAGCAGGACACAGCCUCCCCUUCUCUUCACUGACUGGGUUCCUUUUGUCCUAGCCUGAUGAGAGAGCCAAGGACAGUCCUUAGCAUUUCUGUGGCCCUGUGCUUUCCAGGGGCCUUUUUCUUCAAUCCGUACAACUUGGAAGUGUUUGGCCCCAAUGUUUGGCACUGAAAAUGGGAAGAAAAGGAGAGGGAGAAAUGAUUGUGUGCUAUGAGGGAUCCCUGGACUGAGACCCUGGGUUCUAGUCUCAACUCUGCUGCUAAUUCACUAUUGGACCUUGGGCAAGUAACUUUCUCUCUAUGGGGUCUCAUUUUCGUCUUCUAUAAAUUGAAGGGUUUGGACUCAAUGAUCUCUGAGGUCUCUUCCAGCCCAGACAUUCUGUUUCUGACCCCAUGCCCUUUACUUUCCCUCUCUUUUUCAAUUCCCAUUCUGGGCAGGCAUGGCCUGGGAACUAAUGACUAGACAACUCAGCUCUAUCAGGAUAGGCAAAGACCUCUCCCAGACCCCUUCUCCCCAGUCCUUCCAAUACCUCUUUCUUCCCAAGGCUGUGAUUGGCAGUUAAGGGGGGAGCACCCCCACUCCUGAGGGGGUAAACAUCCAAUUGGAUUCAUCCCCUCCGCCCUGCCCCCUUACAGCUGCUAAUCUCCUUGACAAUUAAAUCGACAGUGCCUCAUCUCCUCUUCUCCAUUUGUUCCCCAUCCCACCUCCCCAAUUUGAUGAUGUCUCAUUCUCACCUCAGUGAGGUCCCUUCCCACCUGCUGAGUGAUUUUCCACUAGUUUGGGAAGAAACUUAUGGCUGCAGGCUCGACUUAUACCCAGAUUCCAGAAAAAGGAAAUGGGCAUUCUAACUGGAAUUGGAAUUUUGUUUGCACAUCCCUUCUGUCUGGAGGGGUUAAAAGCCCUACUAACCAAAAAGCCAACUGGCUACUCAAGUAGCAGAAGAGGGAAUGAGGAGUAAGAGCACUUGGGUUCCAGGUUCCCUUCCUUCUGACCUGUCACUUAAUUGCUGGCUCUGUUUUUUUCCCUAAACUGUGGCUACUGUGGCACAAAGUGGGCAGCCCCAAAGGAGCUGGUGGGGAUAGAGUGGGUAUCCCUAGCUACUCAGCAUGCCAUUUAGUUCCUAAGCAUCAAGAUGAAGGACAUGGGAUAUGUGAUAAAGCAUUCCUGGAUGUGUCUCUUUGGAGGGUGUCUGGGGGGCCAUGUAGAACAAGGCAGGUUGGGGACAGAUGCUAGGCUAGCACAUGGGUCAGGAAGUGUACGUUUUGUUCUUGGGUGUCAGCACAAGCCUUCCCCUCACCACCACCACCACCACUCAAUUUCCUCAGCCCUGAAAGGUGGUUUUGUAAUGGUUUGUACAGGAAUAAAUAUUAUUAAGCUGUCA